AAGUCUACACAUGCAAAAAAAAAAAGAAAGAAAGAAAGACAGAAAGAAAGAAAAAAUAACUGCAUCUGCACUGCCACUAUGAUCUGAGGUUCGAUGGUAGAAAUAGGUGAAAAUCAGUGAAAUAGCAAGAGCUGGAGAGAGGGAGGGGAGUUGGAGGGAUGUGAUGGAGAGAGAUGAGGGAGGGGGUGCAGGAAUAUGAGUGUGUAUGCAUUUUCAAGGCGGUCUUUCUGUUGCAAGAAGAAGAAGAAAAAAAACAGUAGUCUAACAGGAAAGCGAAUAGGUCGGGCUACUGAUGAAGGCAUGCAAAUGCAAUUUAGUGACGGAAACUGACGCUUGAGAUCUUCGCGUGUUUGUGGAGGCUUGCGAGAUGGCAGUGUGUUUAAUUUUAGUUCGAGAUAGGUGGAAUCACCUCAGCGGUGUGUGAAAGAGGGAGAGAGAGGCGAGGGAACAAGAGGGGAGGGGGCGGGGGUGUAUGGACCUCACUGGUUACGGGACCUACAGGCACCCCGAUUGUGCUCUGCUCUCAUCAUUUUUGGAGGUGAGGACAAAAGAAAAAAGGGGAAAUCGGAAGAAAGGCCCGGGAUCUGAGUGUCGUGACGGGCCCCCCGACUUCGCCGCCGCUGGUCGGGGUUGUCUGGACUCAAAAGGGUGAGGGAAAAGCGGCGGAGCGGUCGACUCUAGACUGGGGUUUCCUGCCACAGCAGCGGGAUUGUCACAAAACAGCCUUUCAGCCUUCGAGGGGCCUUGUAUUGCUACGUUUUCAGUCAAAAGAGACAGCUUCGGCAUGUACUGUUAAAGGUCCCACCACAGUCAAGGCUGUACUCCCAGUGCAUAUUAAAAGAGGAGCGUUGAUAUCAGGCCAGCAAGCCUUUAAAGCAGUGAAAGUUGCGACGGCUUCUGGUCAGCAGCUCUCCCGAAAAAUGAACUUGUCGGUACGGAAAUACUGAAGAGAAACAGAAAGCAAGAGCCUGAAUUGACUGAACUUGAAGUGGAAUAAAUGGAUUACCCUCCUUUGGAAAAUUGUUGCCAUGGAACUAGGUAGAAUUAAAUGAUGGUUGACAGAAAAACACAAAGGUAAGACAGCUACAUGCUGAAGAAACCGGAGAGCACCGAGAAGAGACUGAACACAGAGUCAAAGGAAAGAACAAUUACUAAAUAGGGACCAAAGACUUCUACAGUGCAAAGGAAUGCAUGCAGUUGCAAAAAACUAAAAAAAAAAAAAAAAAAAAAAGGAAAGAAAGAAACCAGUAUUUGCAAGGGAAUGACCAAGAAAUCUCCAAAAGUAUUACACUCUGUAUCCAAGAGCUGAUGACAAUAUCAAUGGAGUGUUUGCCUCUGGGGGUGUUUAGUGAGGGUCUGUAUUCAGACCUCUUGAUUCAAGUGACCACAGUUUUUCUCUCAUACAGGUGUGAGUCAGGUCCCCGUGAGCUUACAUGUGUUGACAGACUGAAGGAUUGCUGCAACGGAACACGUUCUCAAUGGUUUUAUUGAGAUUUUUUUUGUUGUUGUUUUUUUUUUUUCUUUUUUUUUGCACAAGACGCUAUCGGAUCACAGCAUGAUUAAAUUCUAACACAGCUCUGGUUGCUUGAACAGUGAUUAAAGCAGAGCGUGUACAUGUAAAGACAUUUGAACAUCUCACAUGGUGCGUCGGAUGUCCGUGAUAUCAUUGCCUGCUCGGUGCCAAACUGCUUCAUGGAAAAGACUGCACACUUUUUUUUUAAUGCGGUAGAAACCUGCUUCACUACAUUUCUUUUUAAAAAUUCUGUUUUUUAAACCAUUAACAACCAUACUAUCACCCCGUUGACGAUUUUCACCAUUUUGCCUUCUCAUAUACUGACAAAAUCAUUGUUCAACCCCCCUGCCCACUUUCUGCUACAAAAAAGUGAUUAUAACAUCUGUGAUAUAUAUUUCUCAGCUUGAACUCUUUGGUGGACUUCGAAAGCAUUUCCUUGUUUUACUGCCAGGCCAUAGACUCUCUCUUUGUCAUUUAUGGUUACUGCCGUAAGCCUUCCAGUUUUUGAUCAGAAGCAUUCCCUGGUAUAGACGCUGACAGAUAUUUCCGUUUUUUAUCCAAACUUGGAAAAACAAUGCAGAAUUUUUCAAACACUCCAGCUCCCCCCUCUCUCCCCCCGGGGUUCAGUGGGAGGGGUGGAGGAGGACCUCCCUAUCCAACUCAGCCAGCAGAUCCUCAGAUCUCCCCAAGGAUGACAGAUGAUUACGCAGGGAUGCAACAGCAGAGCCUGCACAGAGGCCAUCACCACCCCACUCAAGCCAGCCACAUGCUUGCUUACAGUGCUAGAAACAGAGGAGCUGUGGAGCCACCGCCAACACAGGGUAACAUUCACAGUGGCAACACUAGCAACCCUUACAGGAAGGACGUCAUGGAUUAUUAUUUUUCAAUGGGUGGAAAGGACCGGCACAGAAGAGGGGGCAUGGGCUAUGGGGCAGGCUUUGGGUACCCUAAUAUUGAUGGACAUAUACCUCACCAGUACCGGCAUUCUGGAUCUGGCUCUGCACCAUCAUCUGGCCUAAUGUCACCAUACCCAGUAGACUAUGGAUCCAGUGCUGGUUCAGCUGGAAGUGCUGGUGCUGGAGCGUUCUCUCCUUCUCAUCAGUACAAUUUGAGUCAGAACCCUGCAAUGCAGUCAGUGCCAGGUUCUCAAAUGCAGCAUCGCCAGCAUGGGCAAACCUUCCCAGCUGUCCACCACGGACAGCAGCAUAGGAGCUAUCCACACUCCGGGCACAGAAUGACCCCUCAGUACCCACACUACUCUCCGCAGGGUGGAGCAUCCACGGGGUCACCAGGAAUGUACAGCCCCCCUCCGCAGAGAUAUCUCGACGGGGCUGCUAGUGCUGGGUUCGAUCCCAAAGUCAACAGUUCUCCCAGUGUCAACUCCAGUUCAAACUCAGUCUCCAGUUCAGUUGCUGCUAACAAUGUGGGGCCAAUGGAGAAUGUUCAACAGAGUUACCAUGCUUCAAAUUAUCCUGGUUAUUCUCCACAGACACAUUCGCUUCACAAGCAAGCCACACUACAGCAUCGCAACUCACAGCACAAUUUAGGAGUGGUUUAUGACAACUCUCUCAAGAUGCAGCACCAGGGCCCGUCCCCAGGCUCCGUAUAUGCUAAACAUCAUCAAGCCUCCAAUCCCAGUAUACCUCAAGCAGCAUCUCAAGAAAUAGCCAAAUCGCCCAUGCAUCCCAAUGCUCAACAAGCUCAAAUUAACCAAAACUUUAGCCCGAUAUCCAAUCCCUCCCCAGCUGCCUCUGCAGUGCAUUCCCCCAGUUGUAGCUCCUCUCCUUCCCCUUUGAUGGGUGUCUCGGAGGCACAUGGAAACCCCUCAGGUCAUGGUCCUUCACAUCCUCCUACAUCAAACCCCCGUAGCAGCCAUGGUCAGGGUAGAUUAUUGCAGACCAUGCCUCAGUUGAGCCCCACACCCAACUCAAAUAGCAGCAUUAGUAGUUGUGGUAGCAGCGGCAGUCAUAAAGCUCAUAAUAUGAGUGCAAUUGGAGGGAGCAGUCUCCCUUCGACAGGUCGCAACAAACUGGGUCUGGUCACAGGAAUUGGAUCUCGAGAGGAAGGCUCCUCUGUUUAUUCAUCUUCUCCACAUGACAAAAUGCAGGAUUCUGGCCUCAAUAGUCUUAAUGCCUUGAGCUCACAAGUAGCCAAUUUACCAAACACAGUCCAGCACAUGCUCCUUACCGACACAGUGCUUUCACAGAAGAAGGGGAAAGAAGGAGGGCAGAUGCAGCAAGCAACACACGGCAUGCCCGCAUCACAGCAGAGGAGUCGAAAUGCAAGUGCAGCCUCAAGUACUAGUACAGUAAAAGAUGGAAGUGCGAUGGGAAUAUGUGAGGGAGCAAACUUGGAUGCUGGUGCUGAUGAAGAUUUGAUGUCAGUUGGAGGCUCAUCUGGGACCAAGGUGGAGCGUGAGGAGCAGUUUUCUGAGGGGGAACAUGGGAGAGUGAGGCAGAUGAGCGGUGCAAGCAGUGGAUCUGAAACAACUGGCUAUCAACCUCCGUCUCAGACUCAAACACAGACUGGACAAGCGUCACACAUCAAAACUGUCACCUCUGAAUCCCUGUCAAAAGAGACAGUUGCUUCUGAAAUGAAAGCAAGUGAAUCUCAUGUUCAUCAUGUCCAAUCAUCAUCUCCAUCUUUUGGAUGUCAGCCGUCAGAGGCUGGCCCAAUUUCACAUUCAACACCUCCAGUUUCCUCAUCCACCUCCUCUAGUAUUCCUCCUCCACAGCCAAACUGUGUCUCAGAGCCCAGUUUAACGUAUAGUGACCACAGAGGUGGCCAUAAGAAGGCUAUAGAAAUUAAAAAAGAAGUCAUCAAAAAAGAAAAUGAAGGCGGAGUUGAGAAAACAGAGAAGGGCAGCUUCCAAAUGCAACGAGACGGAGAAGUCAAUACCCAAAAUGGUCAGGACAAAGAAAACAGGUUGCACACUGCAUCCAGAUUACACAAUAAUGAGAGGGAAGAAAAGCACACAUCUGAGGAGCAGCAGAGUGCCAGCAGUGUUGGUGUGAUUGUUUCAGCUCGGUCUGAGGGAAGUCACACUGAAAAAAGCAAGCAUUCCCAAGACAACUGUAUAGAUGAGAAACAGUCGCAUGCUUACUUAAGAGAGUCAAGCAGUCAUAAUGGGGAGGAAGGUGUAGAUCUGAGUAUAUAUUCCUCCCUUCACCAGAAAUCAAAUUUCGGACGUCCUCAAAAUCCUCCCCAGUCUGGACCACAGAAAUAUGGCCACCCAGAAUCAACAUAUGGCUCAGAUUUGUCAAUGAAAAACAGGGGGAGGGCCGGCCCAGCUGGUGUAAUGGAAUCAAAUUCCAGAUACUUGGGGUACCAACAAGUACAAACUGGUUAUGGCUCUGUGCAUCCAAAAGAGGCUGGUUCUGCAGCAGAGGCUUUGGUGAGGAGAGGGCCAGGAGCAGGGGCUAAAGGUCAUGAGGAUAAUUCACAAAUGCAGCAAUAUCCGAGCCUUUUGCAAGAGGUACUACAAGGUUACAAUUUAGAUAAGCGCUAUGGCCGACCAGAACAGGCAUUUCCUGCCCAUCUCCAUGUUCAGCAGUUUCAAACCAGAACCCCGUACAGCAUGACUGAAAGUAUGAGGGUGCAAAGUGGAAUCACUGAGACUUCGGCUCUUUCUGCCCAAAUGGGCAGCUCUGGAAAGCCCCCACAAUCAAACCAGAGACAUGGAAGUGAGCCUGACUUUACCACGGAUCCUCUGUCCUCAGUGAAGUCAGAAGUGUCAAACGCAAAGAUGUUACAAAAUGCUGAAAAAACUGAAAUGGGUGUAUUCCAGAGUCAUUUACAGCCUACAGAGUCUCAGCAACCCCCGCCAAAACACAUAAACUUAGCUGACUAUUCUCUACCACAGAGAAAAACGUUAUCUAAUGUGUCCACCCCAUCCUCUGCUGUGCAGGAGCUCCUUUUGCAAGAGCCAGAGCCACUAACAGGCAGUGUUGGUCAAACUGAGUCUCAAAAAUCAUCAGGCUCCAUAUUAGCCCCAUCAGAGAGGCGCUCUGUCAUCUGUGAUGUGUCUCCAAACCGUCGCAGCACACCAGAGAGGGACAGAGAAAGUGACAGAGAGAGAGAGCGGGAGAAAAGUCAGAGUGGAGCUUCUGUGAUUCAACAGCCAUUUUCCUCUCCAGCAGCAGUCAACGAUCUGAGUAAAAAGGAUACGGGAGAGAAACAAAUGGUGAAAAUGGAAACGGCAUCAAAAGAGGCUGGACUAGAUGCUGCAAAUUUACAAACUGAUCAUCAUGGCAGUGGUGGAGCUAAUGAAGCUGAUAUGGAGUAUCACUCCAAGUCUGUUCACUCUUCUGUUGUAAUGAAUGCUGACCCCUAUAGGCGAGGUGGUGUGGAUAUUACACCCUUGCCUUCUCAUCCCAUGAGCACUAAUCCUUUAUCUUCACCUUCAAGGCAUCAGUCCUAUCUUCACGGUGUUGAUUUGUCAACAGGCAGUGGCAGUAGUUUUCCUGGAUAUCGAUAUGGAGAAACGAGAGAAGGGAAUAUGAUGCCACGCAGUAACCCCCAUUUCCCCUCCCACCACCCAUACCACAAUUUAUCUCCCCAGACUCCUUCGGCAAAUAAGCUUCAAAUGUAUCCUCACUCUCGGGGCCCCCCUCAUCACCCCCAUGACAUGAGUGACUGGGUUAAAGCGAUGAACAGGCCAUCAAAGGAGAUGAUGAUGCAACCUGGUUCCUCUCCAGGAAGACAUAAGGUCAGCCAGUCAGAACAGAGACAGAGGGUGAUCUCCCCAACUGACAUGCCCGGUGAACAACAUGCAACCAAAUCUUUACUCCAUCAUCAGAGCGCUUACUUUGAUUUGAAAAUGUGGGAGUCACCGCACUCUGCAAGAGAAGGCGCUAGAAUGAUAGAGGGAGACCCCUACUUCAGAACACAACCGCCUCCCCCGCCUCCUCCUCCUCCCCCUCCUCCUGCUCCCAUAGCCUCCCACGGCCAUGUUCCUCCACAGAUGAUUCACGGCCAAAACACUGCUGAACCUGAGGUCUCCAGAGGAGCAACAGAGGAAGCCAAACAGCCCUGCCCUCCGCUUCCACCCAGCUCCACUAAGCCGUCUGCUGACAUGAACUCUACUCAGCCACAGGUGCAGCGUCCGACUAAAAUUGGAGGUUCUGGAGACACAAAUCCACUAAUGUUGCGAAGGAGAGUUCGUUCUUUCAUCUCUCCCAUUCCCGCCAAAAGGCAGCUCCAGGAUGUGUCCCAGCAGAGGGCUGCCAUUAAUUCACAUCACUCCCCUGGGGCUCAGUCUGAGUCUAGCCAUCACAAUGAAGAUGACUCAUCCAGUUCAGAUAUCCCAUGUCCCAGGCUCUCGUCCCCUUUGCUCGGAGAGAAUACCUUUUCACAACCUCUGUCUCCAUCAACUGGUAAUACCAAGGUUUUGCCUCCCAGGAAAGGAAGGGGUUUGAAACUGGAGGCAAUAGUGCAGAAAAUCACCCCAAAUAUUAAAAAGCCAGCAGGCCAUGCUGAUGAUGACUCAAAUCAUUACUCGGGCUUCUCUCACUCAGAAAUACCACCAUUUAAUGAUUCACAGGACCAAGACUUAGCACAUUUCCCCAGGGUCACAGGAGGAGAUGAUAGUUACAUGGAUGAAACUCACUCAUUAAACGACAUGAUUCCCUUCAGAGGAGUUGACGAGACAGGGCCCUUACCUCCAUCUGCCUACCCAUUGGAUCCUCAUCAGACAUCCCAAGCCCUGAAACAGCAGGACUUUGACUUUGGAUUAGGAGCCGCUGUGGCAUCAGCAUCCGGAGACAAGGAGGAUUUCACGUUGCUCGGACCUUUACCUCCUCCUCCUCCUCUCCCUCGCCCAGUCCAGGGUUCCCCACCUCCAUCCUCAUCUGCCCUGUCUGACAUCCAGCAUUUCACCAACACUUACCAGCAACUCGAGACAAGAAGAGGAGAGCAGUCUGCGGCUAAUCUUCUUCGACAGAAACUUCAAGAAUCUGGCAUUGGGUUUGAUGAUUAUCCUGGCAGUGACUACUAUGGAACCACCCCACCCCACCACAGCCAGGCUCAAGGACACAUGCUGAACAGACAACAUCAGAUGUCUUCUAGUAGGUCAAGUCUGUCGCCACAAGAUUCUAAGCAACAAGACAGUGUAGUGCCUAAAGGCUAUUUCCCAUCUGGCAAGAAGAAGGGCAGGCCCGUAGGGAGCGUGAAUAAACAAAAACGGGCCCAGAAUCCAGCCCAAACACAGGCACAGGGCCAGUCCCCUGCUCAGGCUCAGAGCACAACUCUGAAUGCCCCUCCAGCUCAACCCGGUCCAACUACAUCUGCUGCCACAACCCCACCGACAAUGCAGACCGCUAGCAGCCCUCCAGAACCUGCAGCACCACCUCUGACAGACAGUAAAUACACUCCCAUGCUUUCCCCGCCCAUUUUAACCCAGGUAGUGAAGGUGGAUAUUGAGAAUGAGGAAACACAGCCACAGCCAGAGACUGAGGUCAAACCUGUGCGAAGACGACGCAGAGGGGUGAAAGAUGAAGAUGAGCCAUUAGAAGCAAGAGGACGACAGAGGAGGAGAAGGAGAGGAGCGGCGGCAGCAGCAGCAGCAGCUACAACACCAUCAGUGGCCAAAGAUGACCCAGAUAUACCUUUAGGGGCAGGAGGGAGCCUUGGCACAAAUAGAGUAUUCAUAGAUCCAAACAGAAAGGGCCCGUUUGUUCCACACAUACAUGUGGAGAACAAAAUACCAGAGAUUGGGGCAGUGUGCACCAUUGUAAAUGCUGAGGAUGACAAGAUGAAAGGAGAGCGUAGUGCGGUUGGAGCGAAAGCAGGCGGGAGUGGAAUUGAUUCCCUCCUGACCUCAGCUCUUUCCUCCCAGUUAUCUAGGAGAGACAGAGAGUCAGAGAAAAGAGACUCAGACGAGGUAGAAACUACACUUCAAUCGGGAAAAGCACUUCCUUCAUCUGGCUAUGUUGUUGCAGGCCCUGUGAUUACAGAGACCAAUCACUCUGGCCGCCUGCUUUGCUGCCUGUGUCAGAAAUGGGCAAAUUACAAACACCUUGGCGAUCUCUAUGGGCCUUUCUAUCCAGCUGAAUAUGCUGCAAAGCUUCCCAAGAACCAGCCCCAGGUCAGACAAUGUCAAGCAACCACAGGCACAAACAAAACCGGACCAAAUUCAGACAUGAACUCAAAUGCUUUGAGCACUAUCCAAGACACACAAACACAAGAUGCUCAGUUUACCAUGCCCCUGACUGAGAGCGACUAUGCCAUCAGCCUAGAUUCCAAACCAACAUCUCUUACCACUACAGUCAGAACUGCCUCCUUUGCCAGCAGAGAGGAAAUGAUGAUGAUGCAUGUGGCUGGCAAGCUCAGCAACACCGCCUGCUCUUCCUCCUCCUCCCACACCACCAGUAAAACAACAUCUCUAAUGUGGGACAUGAAUCUAGAUAUCCGACCUAUCCCUGAGCUUAAGAGAGAGCCAGACCUUGAAAUUGACCAUCAAGAGAUGUGGAAGCAGCAGCAGCAGCAGCUGCAGCAGCAGCUGCAGCAGCAGCAGCAACAACAGCAGCUGCAGCCGCAGCAGCAGCAGCUGCAGCAGCAGCAGCAACAACAGCAGCAGCAGCAGCUACAGCAGCAGCUGCAUCAGCUACAGCAGCAGAAGCCGGCAGAUGAAGCUCAACAGCGUCCUCCACACAGAAAGCUGACCUCACAUCCCCGCUUUAAAAGGAGGCACAAAUCAAGUGAGGAAUCCCCCAGAAUGGUGCCAUCCAACAGUAAAGCGUCCCUGCCUUUCCAGCCCCCUCCGCCAGCCUUGGACUCCCUGGGACCCUUGGCACAACUUGCCCAGCUGCCUCAGAUGCCCAUGGACCCAGAGGAGCUGUGGGUCCAUGAAGGAUGUAUAGUGUGGACCAGUGGAGUGUACCUUGUCAAUGGGAGGCUGUUUGGCCUGCAGGAGGCACUAGAUGGUGCCAGAGAAACAUGCUGCUCAUACUGUGAGAUGGUUGGCUCAACCCUGGGCUGCUACAGUAAAGGCUGUACACUUCGCUAUCACUACCUGUGCGCUAUUGAAGCAGAUUGCUCUUUGAAUGAAGAUAACUUUUCACUGCGGUGUCCGAAGCACAAGGUAAAGAAGGAGAGUUUACCCAGAGCAUCCGGCCACCCAAAUCAGUUUACCUGGAGCAGUCGGAGAGAGGCUGAGAGACACGGAGAAGAAGAGGAGACGCAGGAGUCUGGGAGCUGUUAGUUUGGAUGACAGAAGACUGAGAAAUAUUUGUGAAGCAGCCCCCAAUGUGAAAGGACAGGACUGGCAUCCAUGAUCGAGAACAACAAAAGGGAAUGUACAAUUUUCUCAACCGGAAUCAGCAUUAUUUACAUUUAAGACUAUGAAAAGAAACCUUUUCUUUUUUUCUAAGAGAAUUAUUGCUCUUUACUUAAAAGCAGAAAAUGAAAAAAAACAUGGACAUGCAACAGAGAGGAAUGGAGCUACAAGUACAGAAAAAAAACAACUAAAAAAAGAAAAAACUACAAAGAUCGAAGCAGAAUAAAGUGAGACGUUGAGACUGAUGCAGGAACUAAAGGAACUUUCUGUUUUGAACAACAGAAACAAACUUCCUCUCUAGGCUUACUUUGAUUUUCCUCCAACACCCUGAAAGUGUUAAACCUUGUGUUAUCAUCAGUUACUUCUUUUUUUUUCUUUUGAAUGCUUGAAGAGGCGUAUUGGGAGCAAGUCGGGUGUCAAACCCAGAAAAGGAGAGAAUUUGUAUCCUCUCACAAGUAGUAUCUUAUCUUAUAUUAGGAUGAUCACAAUUAUUAUUUUAGUCCUCAUUAUACUUUUGUAUCCUCGUCAUUAUUUACUCAUGAAAAUGAAAUGGAUGUAUCUCACUUUAUAUUCAGUCAACAAGCAAAUUGGAUUUUUUUUUUCCAUUCCUGGAGAGGGAGGAGCCAGAGUGAUGUCUGGAAUGUCAGGGUCGAGUUUGCCACAAAGACAUUAUUGCCUUGGAGAACGGACAUCUGUUGCCUUUCAAAAGUCACGUGUAUGAAUGAAAAGUGAGCGUGUGUGAGAAACUGAAAAAUGCCAAUAUCUGGGUCUUUGAUUCCAUUUUGGUCCUUUUGAAAAGUGUUCUUAUUUUUCAUCACUGGGGUUUUUACGGUACAGAUAGUAUUCAUGAAAAAUCAGAUGGACACAAUCUUAUUUUUCAGUACAAAUGUUCGUAAUGUGCAAAGAGAAGGACAGAGCCUUGUAAGAGGAGGAGAUAACACUAUGGACUAAUGCGUGUCCGCCAUCUUGCAGAGUGGAAAAAAAGAUCACGGAAAAGGACACUGAAGAGGUUUCAUCUGUGUGGAACUGUGUACUGGGUGCACGAGUGCGUAUGUUCUACAUAGGAGGUUACGUUUGACUGACAGGUGUCAGUCCCUCGGACAGUGAUGGAACAUUUUUGGAACUGAAAACUUUGGAGAGGGUGUCAUAUGAAGGCUGUGAUUGGCCAACUUUGCUGGCGAAUGGGGAGUAAGCCUUACCAAGUACUUUUGAAUGGUUUCAUCCUUCAUUGACACAGCAGCGAUUUGAUCGGGAGAUGCAAAAUCCAUUCAAAAGAAGCAUUGCCAUAAAAUUUAAAAGUGAGUCGUACAUGGUGUUGUCUUUAUCAUUUUUUAUUGUUAUUCUUGUAAAAAAAAAAAAAAGUCAAGCUGAGAAGAAGACAGUUACACUAUCAAAACCAUGCUGUAUUAGAAACCUGUCAAUAUGUAUAUGAAUUAUGAAUACACUUAAAAAUGCUUCAAGUAU